AUGUAUCAAACUGAAAAAUUAAUAACUGAGGUCCAAAACUAUCCAUGUAUUUGGGAUACGACCUCUGAUGAGUACAUGAAUGAGGAACUAAAAAUAUCAGCUUGGUUGAAAGUAGCCGAAGCAGUAUAUAAUUUGGAAUGGGAGACCCUAGGACCUCUCGAAAAAGAAGAAAAAGCAAAAGAGUUAAAGAAUAAAAAAUGGAAACUUGUUCGUGAUACAUAUUUAAAGUAUAUUUCCGAAGAGAAAAAUAUUAGAAGUGGAUCGAAAAAAAUACCUUAUGCUUACGCACAUAUUAUGUCGUUUUUAAAUACGACUACCAACAAAAGGAAAACAACUGAUUAUUUUGAAAAUGUUGAAGACGAAACAGGACGUCACAGUUCAGACGAUAUGGAUGUUGAUACCCCUGACACACCAGCUAACGUGCCAUCUACUUUUACUAGUCUAAAUCAAACACAAAAAAAAAACAAAAAAUAUCCAAUAACUUCAUGUCGAAGUAAAUUAUCUGAUCACCUAAAAAAAAAUCAAGAAAUUACAUCAAAUCCAGACAUGAGCAUUGUUAUGUCGUUUCUUCCCUACAUGAAAUUAUUAAAUGAGGAGCAAAAAUUAGAAUUUCACCUUAACAGCCUUCAAUAUUUAAGACUUAUUAUAAAAAAUCAAAAUCCACCCAUACAACAAAACGUACUACAUGAACCACAAAAUCUGUAUCCCAUUCCAACUGCUCUUUUAAAUUUUAAUAAUUAUACAAUGGACCAAAACUCAUCUUCUAACUUACAAUAUAAUUUCAGUCCUUACUUGAAUGCUCAACCAUACCCAUAA